GAGGAGACGAGGAGGAAGGGAGGCGGCGUGACCGUUCGAGUGGGCGGGGAGACGUUGGAGAGCCCUGCUGCUGCUGCCGCUGCUGCUGCUGACACUGCUGCUGCUGACACUGCUGCUGCUGCCUCCUCUCCCUGCUGCCUGCCUGCUACGUCUGUGGAGUGGAAGCUUCUUGGCGCCAGCUGCGACAAUGGCAGAGGCGGCGGACAAGCGGGUGUUCGACAGCCUGUCGGGCGCGGGCAAGGCGAUCGGCGUGCUGACCAGCGGUGGCGAUGCCCAAGGCAUGAAUGCAGCCGUCCGUGCAGUGGUGCGCAUGGGCAUCUAUGUUGGGGCCAAGGUCUAUUUCGUCCAUGAGGGUUAUCAAGGGAUGGUGGAUGGAGGAGACCACAUCGAAGAAGCAAACUGGGAGAGUGUCUCAAGCAUCCUUCAACUGGGUGGCACCGUGAUUGGCAGCGCGCGCUGCAAGGAGUUCCGCACACGCGAUGGCCGUCUCGCGGCGGCGUUCCACCUCGUGCAGCGCGGAAUCUCCAACCUGUGCGUGAUUGGUGGCGACGGCAGCCUGACGGGCGCCAACAUCUUCCGCGAGGAGUGGAGCGGCCUGUUGCAGGAGCUCGUCAAGCAGGGCAAGAUCUCGAACGAUGUCGCGGAAAAGUAUUCGCAUCUCAACAUCGUGGGCAUGGUGGGCUCCAUCGACAAUGACUUCUGCGGCACCGACAUGACCAUCGGCACCGACUCGGCGCUGCACCGCAUCAUCGAGGUUGUGGACGCCAUCAUGACCACGGCUCAGAGCCAUCAGAGGACAUUUGUUUUGGAAGUUAUGGGACGACAUUGCGGCUACCUUGCGUUGGUGAGUGCCCUGGCGUGCGGCGCUGACUGGGUGUUCAUCCCGGAGAGUCCCCCAGAGGAGGGCUGGGAAGAGAAGAUGUGCACGAAGCUCACCGAGAACCGAGCCAGGGGUUCCAGAUUGAACAUAAUCAUAGUGUCAGAAGGUGCCAUUGAUACGACUGGGAAGCCCAUAACCAGCGAUGCUAUCAAGGCGCUGGUGACCAAGUCCUUGGGGCUGGACACACGAGUCACCAUCCUGGGGCACGUGCAGAGGGGCGGGACCCCGUCUGCCUUCGACCGCAUCCUGGCAAGUCGCAUGGGAGUAGAGGCGGUGCUGGCUCUGCUGGAGGCGACCCCGGAGACCCCUGCCUGCGUCGUGUCGCUGUCGGGCAACCAGUCCAUCCGCCUGCCGCUCAUGGAGUGUGUGCAAUUGACACAGGAGGUUCAGAAGGCCAUGGAUGAGCGGCGGUUUGCGGACGCGGUAAAACUCCGCGGACGGAGUUUUGAAAAUAACUUGAACACUUACAAACUUCUGGCCAAUAAAAAGGUCGAUUCUGCGUACCCAAAGGAUGGCAGUAAUAGAACCCAGUUCACGAUCGCGGUGCUCAACGUGGGCGCCCCAGCGGCUGGGAUGAACGCAGCCGUGCGCUCGGCCGUGCGUGUGGGCAUCACGGAGGGGCACAACAUCCUGGCCGUGAACGACGGCUUCGAGGGCUUUGCCAAGGGCCAGAUAAAAGAAAUUAAGUGGAGAGAUGUUGGAGGCUGGACGGGCCAGGGUGGAUCCUUACUCGGAACAAAGCGGACUCUCCCAAGCAAGUAUUUUGAUCAAAUCGCUGAAAAGAUCCGUGAACACAAUGUUAACGCAUUGCUCAUUAUUGGUGGGUUUGAGGCUUUCCUCAGCGGCCUGGAGCUGGUGGAGGCGCGCGACUCACACCCGGCGUUCUGCAUCCCCAUGGUGGUGGUGCCCGCCACCGUGUCUAACAAUGUGCCUGGCAGCGACUUUAGCGUGGGGGCCGACACGGCGCUCAAUACCAUCACCGACACGUGCGAUCGCAUCAAGCAAUCGGCCAGCGGCACCAAGCGUCGCGUGUUCAUCAUCGAGACGAUGGGCGGAUACUGCGGAUAUCUGGCCAACAUGGGAGGUCUGGCGGCCGGAGCUGACGCCGCUUACAUCUACGAGGAGCCCUUCGACAUCCGGGAUCUGGAGGCCAACGUUGAGCAUUUGGCAGAGAAGAUGAAGACGGGCAUUCAGCGGGGGCUUGUUCUGAGAAACGAGCUGUCUAACCCCAACUACACGACGGACUUCAUCUACAACCUCUACUCGGAGGAGGGAAAAGGGGUGUUCGACUGCCGCAAGAACGUCUUGGGUCACAUGCAGCAGGGUGGCGCUCCAUCCCCGUUCGACAGGAACUUUGGGACGAAGAUCGCUGCCAAGGCCAUCCAGUGGCUCACGAAGAAGCUCACAGAAUGCUACCGCCACGGACAUGUGUUCGCGAAUUCCGAUGAGUCGGCCUGCCUGCUCGGGAUGCGCCGGCGUGCCCUUGAGUUUCAACCACUGGUGACGCUCAAGUCCGAGACCGACUUCGAGCACCGCAUUCCAAAGGAGCAGUGGUGGCUGAAGAUGCGUGCGGUGCUCAAGAUCCUGGCCAAGUACAAGGCCAGCUACGACAUCUCUGACGUGGGGCAGCUGGAGCACCUGGCCAUCCGGCGCUAGGUGUCUCACUCGACGUUCACCUUGCCACCGCUCACCCCGACGGCACCCGAGGACACAAACCUCCGGCCACCACCAUCACCACCACCACCAUCACCACCACUACCACCACCAUCACCACCACCAUCACCACCACCAUCACCACCACCAUCACCACCAUCACCACCAUCACCACCACCAUCAUCAUCACCACCACCACCAUCACCACCAUCACCAUCACCACCAUCACCACCACCAUCACCACCACCACCAUCACCACCACCACCAUCACCACCAUCACCACCACCAUCACCACCUCCAUCACCACCAUCACCACCACCAUCACCACCACCAGCAUCACCACCACCAUCACCACCACCACCAUCACCACCACCACCAUCACCACCACCACCACGUGCAACUGGCCAGAGGCACAGCGCCCCGUUCCCUCCGUGCCCGUCUCGUGUGCGGUCGCUGCUUGAUCGUGCGGUCCCUUAUAUCAUUCCUCCACUCUCUGUGUUCACUCCAGAACGUGUUCCACCUCUCAACGGUCACGGUGUGUGCCGGUGAUAUAUGCCUUGUCUGUGUUGUACUGCAUUACUGUAAUGUCUUGUGUGUGACGUGCGGGGGGUGUUGCUGCUGCUGCUGCGGCGUUGAGGAAGUGCAUGCGCGAGAGAUUGAGGUGACCCGUGAAGUCGAGGAUGGCAGAUUUGAUCAAUGAUGAAAGAAGCUUUCAGUGUUUGUUUUAGGAGGUGAUGUAUUGCAGCUUUCCCUCCAGUGGUUACGUCACUAAGCAAGAAAUGUGACUGGAAAAAAAAGGAAAUAAUAAAAGAAUGUUUUAAAGUAAUGUUGAUCAGCUUUUUAAACCAAAUUUGAGUGUUUAUGAUAGAAUACAAAACAAUAUAGUGAGACUGACAAGUCCUGAUGGAUAAAUAAAAAAAGAUACCGAAUAUAAAGCCUUGAAAAUACGGGAAAAAAAUUGUGAGCUUGUUGUAUGUGUCUCUUAGUUUAAAGUCUAAUUUCCUGUACCGUUUCUGAACGCUUGUCAAUCAAAAUAAAUGUAUGCAUUUAAUGAAAGUGUA